GGGCCAGGCGGCGCGUCACGUGAGGGCUGAGGUCGUUCCGCCGCCAUUGGCUGGCCCGCUCGGCCCGCCUGUCCUGCUGGCCGCCUCUUGACCUGCACCUCAGAAGAAACUGGAUCCCCGGGCAGCGGUGCUGAGUGACGAUGUCUGUUUUGCUGAAGACUGAACAUUUGUGUUCUGUUCUGUACUCUACGUGAAGAUGAAACGGAGCAGUGGGGUUUUAAAAGGUAUUUUGAAGUGUGUGACUAUCAUUGUGGUUUGCGGCUUCAUCCUUUACAUGGUCAAAUCAAUCUUUGAUUCUGAAGAAUGUGAUCUGAUGAAAGUUGAUUACGUGAACUAUGAGCACGCAAAGAGAGCACAAAAGUAUGCUGAACAAGUUCUGCAAGCUGAGUGUCGGCCAUCUUUUGUGAAGAAACAGAUGACCAGGUUGUUUGCAGGAAAAUAUAGUGUGCAGACAUCUCCAUUUGUAAGAAAAGAUGUACAUGUACAAAAAGCUGCCUUCAAAUAUGGGCCACCUUUUGGAUUUCACAAGUUGUCUGAAAAACUGCAGAAGGUGUUGGAUCUCUUACCUGAGCAUGAUUUACCAGAAAGCAUGCAGCUGAAACCCUGUAAGCGCUGUGUUGUUGUGGGAAGCGGAGGAGUCCUUCAUGGAUUGGAAUUAGGCUGUGCCUUGAAUCAGUUUGAUGUUGUUAUAAGAUUAAAUAAUGCGCCUGUUCAAGGAUAUACGGAUGAUGUUGGUAAUAAAACCACCAUAAGAAUGACUUAUCCAGAAGGUGCCCCCCUGUCUGAACAUGAGUAUUAUCCAAAUGGCUUGUUUGUAGCUGUUUUAUUUAAAAGAGUUGAUCUGAGUUGGAUUCAAGCGAUGGUGAAAAAUGAGUCCCUGCCACUCUGGGUGCGAUUGUUUUUUUGGAAGCAGGUAGCUGAGAAAAUUCCUGUGAUGCCUGAACAGUUCCGCAUCUUGAACCCAAUAAUUAUUAAAGAGACUGCUUUGGAUAUUCUGCAGUAUCCUGAACCUCAACCAAAGUUCUGGGGAUGGGAUCAGAACAUACCUACAAUUGGCGUCAUUGCUGUUGUUCUGGCUACGCAUUUAUGUGACGAAGUGAGUUUGGCUGGAUUUGGAUACGAACUCAACCAGCCCAAUGCGCAGUUGCAUUAUUAUGACAACCUUUGCAUGGCUGCAAUGUAUGAACAGACAAUGCACAACGUGACCACAGAAACUGAAUUUCUCCAAAAGCUGAUACAAGAGGGGGUUGUGAAAGACCUCAGCGGAGGGAUAUACUGUGAUUUCUGCCGCAAAACAAGCUAAUAACUGAAAUGGAGCCUGCUGGGGCAAGUUUCUGCCGGCACCUCGUUUCUGAAGAGAUCCAGUCAGUGUUUCCAUCAUGCGAGCGCACAAAGAACUUCUCCCUUGCCUCUGUGUUUUUAAAGUUUUUAAUAUCACACUCAUCUGAUUUCUAUGUAUGAAAAAGAUGCAUUAUUUCCCAUAUAAAAUGUGGGUCAUUAUGAUGUCCCUUAUAUGUAUUUAUGUGUAUUAAAUUGUUUAUGUGUAGAGAAA